AUGUCGGACCCCACUUCGAACCGCGCCUCGACGAGCACACAUCCGGCUACAGCAGCCAGCUCGUCCACCACCACCACGGCUACGACUCACCCGAGCACAUCCCGCGCACAAAAGUACCGGCCGUUCAGGGCAAGAGGUGAGCACAGCGCUGCCUACACCACCACCCCCGGGAAGAGCUGACCUCGGCCUGUUUGACGGCAUACUCGCGCCAGGUCUCUUUGUCAAGGACCGUACGUGACCCCAGACCAUCAUCCCCACACCAAGAUCAUCGUUGACGAAUAGUCUUCUCACACACCCAGUCGGACCAAUGCUCUUUGGCUUUGGUGAUCAAGCACCUUGUCUGCCAGAGACCGCGCUCUUGAUGGAGGAACUGCUCAUCAACCACAUCACUUCCAUCGUAAGUCGAAAUUGCAUCACUCGCGCACUUGGGGGGGGGGACCACUGUCGCAUGCUCGUGCGUCUACUCCAUCCCCCAGUUCCAGACCCACUGAUCGACCCCCUUUUCUCUCUCCCAGUGUCAAUCCGCGCAACGUUCGGCCCUCGAUCGGGACCGUCUCAAACUCGACGACGUCAAAUUCUCCCUCCGUCACGACCCCAAGAAACUGGCCCGAGUGGAGGAGUUGCUCUUCAUGACCGAGGUCAUCGCGCGUGCGAGGGGUAGGGACGAUUUGGAGCAGUAUGCUGAUGAACCGAUCGGAGGCACGAAAGGGAAGGCAGCGGCCGCAACGGGCGAACAGGACAAGGAGAAGGAGGUGCAGAGCGUGGCUGCGGCGAAAGAACCUGCGACUCUUCCUACGCUUUCCAAGACGGGUGGGACCACGAGGCCGAGGGAGGCAGCAAAAGCGUCGAGCAAGGGGGGUGCAGACGGUGGUGGCGAAGGGGAAGGUCCCAAGAAGAAGAAAAAGAAGAACAAGACCGACAAGGACAAGGGCAAAGCAGCCGUGUCGACACCCAUGGCCGCGGACGAGUAG